AUUCCCGGACACAGCACGCAGUUUCGUCGAGAAGAUCACGCGCUAACGCCCCAGCCAAUCAUCCCCAAGACGGCAACGGUGGGACCAAAGGACCUCUAGGCUAGUGAUUAUAUAUAAGAGGGUAGCACGUCCUUUCCCCGCCCGCCCGGCCCGCCCGCCCCUCAGGCGUCUAACAAAGCAAUCCGACCAGCUCGAUCCGGACGAGCUAGCAGAGCAGAUCGAGAAGGCGGCCGUGAAUAGUUCAAUAGUCUCGAGACCGGCCGCGGGAGCGAGGAUGAGCCAUCCGAGGUACGGCGGCGGCUACCCAUAUCCGGGGCAGCAAGGGUACUACAACCAGGGCCCGUACCCGUACCAGGGCCCGCCGGUGAUGGCGCCGCCGCAGUACCAGUACGCGCAGCCGCCGCCGCCGCCUCGGUCGCCUGGAUUCCUCGAGGGCUGCCUGGCGGCGCUGUGCUGCUGCUGCCUCCUCGACGAGUGCUGCUGCGACCCCUCCAUCGUCUUCGUCUCCUGAGUCCUGCAUGCGGUCGAGAGACACCCCUGCGCCAAGAGGAGGGGUGUGCACGCCAUUUUCUUCAGUCCAUUUUUCCAAUUUCCUCAGCGUGCAUGCCACGAUCAUGACUUUGUAUGCUGUAUGUAUUAAACAGUGUGAAUGUGUGAUAUAUUGUUUGUCCUUCAGUUCCUGACGAACUCUUCUUGCUGCUGCCUGUAUGGAUAGAGUUUUGUUCAUGUGUUCGUGUGCAACGGGAUUUUUUUUUUCCAGGGGCC